CAGGGGGGAAUGGUACAGUCUGGUCUGUAGCUGCUCCAUCAGCUGAUAAUGCUUCUCUUCCUCUGCUCCAGUCUCAGAGCUCGCCGCUGCUUGGAAUUACACCUCGCUCCCCGCUCUCCAAAGUGGAUUUAAAAGGGGAAGAGAGCAUGCAGCGAGUCGUCGGGGAGGACUGAUUAACUUUUGCCUGACUUGCCCCCUGGCCGCCGGGCUCAUUUCCAGCCUGCCAACUUUACCUUCCACUCACUUUUCCCCCCGACCCCCCUCAUCAUCGGCUUUCUGGGUAUGGGUUCAAAUUUUAACGAUAUUGUCAAGCAGGGCUACGUCAAGAUAAGAAGCCGGCGACUUGGGAUCUAUCAGAGGUGUUGGUUAGUAUUCAAGAAAGCAUCUAGCAAAGGGCCGAAGCGUCUGGAGAAGUUUUCUGAUGAGCGAGCCGCGUAUUUUCGAUGUUACCAUAAGGUGACGGAACUGAACAAUGUGAAAAACAUCCUCCGACUCCCCAAAACCACCAAAAAACACGCAGUGGGCAUUUUCUUCGCCGAUGACACCUCAAAAACAUUUGCCUGUGAAUCGGAGUUGGAGGCCGAUGAAUGGUGCAAGAUUUUACAAACAGAGUGCCUUGGGACCCGGAUCAGCGACAUCAGUUUGGGAGAACCAGACCUGUUAGCUACCGGAGUGGAGAUAGAGCAGAACGAGAGAUUCAAUGUGUAUUUGAUGCCGUCUCCCAAUUUAGAUGUCCACGGGGAAUGCACGCUGCAGAUCACCUGCGAGAACAUCUGCCUGUGGGACGUACAAAAUCCGAGGCUGAAGCUGGUGUCUUGGCCGCUAAGCUCCCUACGGAGGUACGGGCGGGACCCAGCCUGGUUCACCUUUGAAGCUGGCAGGAUGUGUGACACUGGGGAGGGCCUCUUUAUCUUCCAAACCAGAGAAGGCGAAGCCAUCUAUCAUAAAGUUCACUCGGCGGCGCUGGCGAUAGCGGAGCAGCACGAUCGGUUACUGCAAAGCGUCAAGAAUUCAAUGCUGCAGAGAAGAAUAAGUGAAAGGACGGUCUCCCUAAACACAAUGGUCCCAUUACCCCGUAGCGCCUACUGGCACCAUAUAACACGGCAGCACAGCACCGGCCAACUAUACAGUCUUCAAGACCUAACAUCACAGAAGCUUCAUAGAACAGACACGUUUCCCACCUACAGGUCCGAGCACUGAUGAAGACUCCAUCGGACUCGUUGAACUAGAAAAGUUUUUUUGCUUUUGAACUGAAAGUCCAGUUUCUUUCCCCUUACGGACGGCUAGACGGUCGUAGAACAUUACCGGCGAGCUGGAAUAUUUAUACACUCUUUGAUGCAACUUUUUUUUAAACCUUCAUGAAGAAUGCGCUUUUUGCCAUUCGAGGAAAAAAAAAAAAAUGUUUCGCCACGUUUGACUACAUGGACUGGAGAAAGACAUACCUCGUGUUUAUACCGUAUGUCGUCAUCGCAAGUGUGCGUUUGCGUGUGUGAGCUGGACAACCUGCGGCCCUCCGAGCAGGAAAGGAGCGUUGGCCAACUAGAGUUGGAGAUCCGUCGGUGGCCAUAACCUGCUUUGGGUGUUUGUCUUGCUGUAGUU